AUGGGAACGGGAUUUCGACGAGCGCCCUCAAUGGGUUUGUCCCGACAACUAGCCGUUCUUACACUACUGUGUUCUAGUGUUUUAGCCACGUCACAGACGACACAGCAGUCGUUUGCAGUGAUGUCAAAGUUGCGCGGCUUCAAUAAGGCGUCGUUCAUCCAGCAGCAAGGAUAUCCGUACACCAGCGCUCUCAUCAGCUACCGACGACUUGAUGCCACUUCGACCGAGGCCGAUGCAUCGGCCAAGGCGAAUGAAGUCGGAGCUUCCGUUCGGAAGGCUAUCAAGCAGCUUCGAGGAGGAACCGACAAGUUCUAUCACGACCUCAUCACUGCAGUAAAAAUUACUCUGUGUGAACAAGAUUUGGAUAAAAACACGGUUCGCUUUGUCAGCUGCGAUGCCGACAAUGCGUACAAGGACGACAACGGUGAUCCCGUCAAGUUGCCGAUAUCCCAGUUGACGGAUGAUGAGACCGUGAAUGCCUACAAGCAGGGACUUUGUGAGGUGGCUCCGAACUGCUACUGGGCCGAGAUCGUCGACGGAGACACGAGUCGUGCUAAAGUCUACGCAGACGCGGAAAGCACCAUGGACGCCUCAGCAGCCGAGGCCAAGAUCAAAGAAUGGGCUACGGGUGUCAUUGGUUUUGUGAUCCCAGGCAUCGUCUUGGGUGUGCUGAGUCUAUUGACGAUGAUCUUCUUCUUGAUUUGUCGUUGCUGCUGCAACCGAUGUGGCGGUCGAUUCCCGCGUGAAGAGGGGUACACGUGCAUGCAAAAGUUCUUGCCACUGCUGUUCUUCUUUCUCUUUGCAAUCGGUGUCAUCGUCGUAUCCGCGGCAGCGUUCUUGUACCGCGGUACGAUGUUAUCUGCUGUGGACGACAUGUUCAAUGCAACGUCGGGGACUCUCGAGAACGGCAGCAAUUGGAUCGUCAACAUCCGCACUCCUCUUGAAGAAAUCGCUGCAACGGUGGUCGAUUCGGCCGAUGACAUCAAGGUGAAACUUGACGGAACGGAUUUCAUCGACACUGGUCUGAAUGACCUCACAACAAAGCUCGACGAUCUCGGAGACAAGUACUCUACUGCUCCUCAUAUCCCUGACAGCUGCGUUCCUGAUUCUACCAAGACAAAUGAGGAUGCUAAUGGUAAUCCUUGUUACGUGUGCGACGCCUGCACUACCAUCGGAACCCAGGCAAGUGCCGCCGCAACUCAAGUCGACAAGAACGCCGGGCCCGGUGUGAAGCAACUGAGUAAUGUCAAGAAGCAGCUGAACACGAAGCUGGUAGAGAUUUCAGGCAAUGUCCAAAGCGCAGUGGACACCCAAGUGACUACAGCGAACGAUCUCAUCGAUACUGUUGAUAAAACUCAAGAGGAUGUGGACGACUACGACAGCAAGUUCCAGGGCUAUCGAGACCAACUUGGCUACGCUAUCAUGGCGCUGUUUGCUCUUGCUCUGGUGGUCAUUAUCGUUGGAUUCGUUGGUAUCCUCUUCGGACUUACACCUCUCAAGUUCCUAGCCAACAUCAUGCACAUCGCGUACUUCCUCGGUUUUAUCAUUCUCAUCCUCGUUUUCAUCAUCAGCGCCGUUGUGCUCGCAAUUGGUGUGGUGCUUGGAGAUGCGUGCGAAGUUACGCAAAUCUUCGCUGGCAACUGGACGGUACCACUUGGCGAGUCGGCGAAAGCGGUGGAUGCCUGCUUCAACAACGAGUCCCUGUUGGAUGUUUUCAACCUGUCCGACAAGCUGGAUUUCGCUCGCGGUGGCAUCGAUUUCCCAGAGCUUGAUAUGAGCGCCAUGUUCGACUUUUCCGAUCUGGACGCCCUUGAAUCGAGCACUGACAACAUCAAUGAAACCGCGUUUGGCUUUGACAACGCCACCUAUACCACCGUGGUGACUUCAUUCAACGACUACUCGACUCAGAAAACUGGAACGUGUAAUCCUGCCGGCCCGGGAUACCAAACGACUAACGGCCUCCUCAAUCCAUGGGAGGCUAACGGUGACCCAAAACCAUCAGGGUCAGCGGAGGAUUACAUCGAAAACUACUACAAGACCUACGACACCAUGUGUACCAACAAUGAUCCGAACAACAAUUUGCCUGCUAAGGGUAAGGCCUACGCGUGUACAAGCUCGUCUCAAUGCUUAUUUUCGGCAUUCAUGAAAGAAAGGUACACCGUGAUCUUCCCUCUAGCCACCCUCAAGUCCGGUAUGGAGAGCUUCAAGACUCAAUUGAGUACCGACGUCAGCGAAAUCACCGCUACUUCGGACACCUUCGAGACGAAUACCAAGAAACUCAACUCCGACAUCAACGGCAUCAAAGACGAUCUAGACGCGCAUCUCAUCGAGUACGUGGGCGACUUCGAGGAUGCCAUGUACUGCACUUUCAUCGCCGACGGCUUCUGGACCAUCUACGACUCGCUCUGUGGCGACCUCAUGCCGUCGAUCACGAUGAUCGCGCUCAUGUUGUUCCUCUGUGGAAUCUUCCUCAUCCCCGUCAACAUUUGCCUCAUCAUUGGUGUUAAACGCCUGAAGGCCCACGGCAACGGCCACAUCAUGGACGCGGAAAUGAAAUUCAAGUAGGGGCAAUUAGGCAGCGAUAGCUUCAAGCUAGAAUAUCUACAUCAAAAAUUUAUACUACUUUUUAUUUCAUUGCAGUUCAC